CCAUGGUCAGAGAGAUCAGUGUCACACUGAUCUCUCUGACCAUGGACAGCACAGGUAAAGUUCCCACCUAUGGAACAGACAACAAAGACCUGAGAAUCGUGAUGGUGGGGAAGACUGGGAUUGGGAAGAGCGCUACUGGAAACACCAUUCUGGGUCGACGGUGCUUUGAAUCCAAAUGCAGCGCCAAAUCCAUGACCAUUGAUUGCUCUAAAGUCUCCAGUAAUCUGGAUGGACAGCGGGUUGUAGUCAUUGAUACUCCAGGUCUGUUUGACACCAGAUUUGAUGAAGAUAAAACAGCCAAAGAUCUGGGUCAGUGCAUCUGUUACGCUUCUCCUGGACCCCACAUCUUCCUGGUGGUCGUUGCAAUCAACAGAUUCACAGAAGAAGAAAAACAAACAGUGCAAAAGAUUCAAGAAAUCUUUGGAGAGGCUGCAGACAGAUACAGCAUGGUUCUGUUUACAUGUGGAGACAAUCUUGAAGAGGACACCACCAUUGAAGAUUAUUUGUCUGAAAGUCCAGAACUCCAGGAUCUGGUGUCCAGAUGUAAUAACCAGUAUCAUGUCUUCAACAACAAGCUGAAAGAUAAGAAACCUCAAGUCACUGAGCUGCUGAAGAAGAUCAGAACCAUUGUUGAUAGGAAUGGAGGAAGUCACUACACCAAUGAGAUGUUCCAAGAGGCUGAGAGGAUACUCGAAGAGGAGAAACAACGCAUCCUGAAGGAGAAAGAAGAGGAAAUGCGUAAAGAGAGAGAAGAACAGGAGAGGGAAAUACAAGAGAAAUAUGAGAAAAAGAUGCAAGAAAUGAAGGAUGAAUUCAAGGGUGAGAUGGAGGAGAUGGAAACCAAGGCAAAGCAACUGAGGGAAGAGCAGGAAAGAGAAAUUCAAAAGCAAAAAUCUGACCUGGAGGCCAUGCAUGAAUCCUGUGCAAGAAAUGAAGCUGAACAAAAUAGUCCUCUCUAUAUUCUGGGAGAAGUUUUGGAUCUUAUCCCGUGUGUGAAGCUCAUAAGAAAAUUAACAGAGUUGAUACCAAGCAAAUAAAAUAAUAUGAUGUUAGAUGUUGUCACCAAGCAGCUGCUCCAGAGGAUAAAGCAGAACUAAUAAGCAUGUUUUCCUGAUUGUCUUAAUAAUUGAGUUAAAGCUCCAAUGAUGUAAUUCAGCUGUUAUCUUUGCAUGUCACACUGUUUUAAAAAUAUUUCUCCUGAUGUUUAGAUGCUAAAUGUAAGAUGAUAAAAUUUUUCGCAUGUAAAUUUUAGUCAUUACAUUUGUCAAUAAA